AUGGCAGACAGCGGCCCGUUGUGCUCCUCGCCGGCGCGUCCUACGCUGCACGACCGUCUUAUGAUGCUGUCCUCGUCGCCACUCCCAGACAUACAAGAGUUGAUCGCUAGGAAGCCGAGAACUCACAAGUUAAAAUCUGGAAGUGCUGCGGCACCGAUACCUGCCCAUGCCAAUACCACUUUCACGCGUGCCUCUGACCUACUUGCUGCUCAGGCAGCGGCCGGCGACGACUCCUUCGAUCCAAUUGACGAGCAGGAACCAUUACCUGCGAAGAAGGCGCCCGCCAAACGCCCGCGGAAACCAGCUGCAAAAGUCGCAAAACUAUCUACGGCGCCGAAACGAGUCGCAAAGGAGGUCAUCGUUCUAUCUUCAGAUGGCGUCACCCCCGAUGGUGCCCAGCCCGAGAACUCCAACGCAGCCGAGGCACAAAGUCAAAAAAAUGAAGAGCCCGAGGACAGUGGCGUGCAGGGCACGCCUUUGAAAGCGAAGCCGUGGAAGAAAUACAAGGUUGCAGGUGAACGGAGUCCUACGACAGAGAAGGAGGAGGUAGUCGAGGCGGUCAAAGCAUCAGAAAAUACCAAGAAGCCUAGGGCACAGAAAAAAGAACCCAAGACUGUCAACAGACGUUCGCUUGAUGACACCGGCGCAGUGGAAAAUCCUAGACGCAAAGAAAAACCAUCACGAGUCGCCACGCCCGAGCCUAUGAAUCUGGAACUUGCAGUACAGAGGAGACUGGACUGGACACCUCCGCGGCAAGAUCCUACUUUUGCACCGACCGAAAAUGGCCACACUUGGAUGUUGUCGGAUGGCCCUGCGCCGGAAGACGAAGACACAUAUACCGUGGCAUCGGAUGUGUUCAAGAAGCUACAUGACACUUUUGGCCACAAACUGGAGCACGAGAAGCAGCCUGAACCUCAACAGCAGCCCGCCAAUAUUCUCGGGAAAAGCAAGGUCAUUGAUCUGAUCCCUAUCAAUCACCCAUCCGAGCCCACGGAGCCAGGUCGCAAGCCUUCGCCUGUAAAGGAGAAGGCGCCCAAAAAGAAGCCCCGCACAAUCACAGAAUUGGCCACGGCUCCAUAUGUGGUCAAGAAUGACAAUUAUGCUGACGACCAUAACGGCGAAGACUCUCUGCUCGAAUAUUUCCGGGCUGAUGGUCCGAAUGAGGAUACUACCAAGGCCACAGGAGGCAAGGGCAAGGGCAGAGCUGCAAAGGUAACCAAGAGUAGAAAGAAUGCUCAGCCGAAGAAACCAGUGCUGUUAUCACCGCGUGCCGCGAUGAAGCGGUCAGCCGCACAGGAUUUCGUCUUUGGAACAUCCAGCCAACUGGCUCGCGAAAAAUCGCCGACGCUGCUCAAAGAUUUGCACGAGGCCCUGAAAGCCUCAAUCACUACCGAUGAGGAUGACCCUUUCGGCAGCUCUGGAGAAGCCGCCUCAAAACCCGAGAGACCGGCGAAAGGCCUUUGGUCGGUGAGUGCAAGGGAUCAGGCUGGUGAGAUGGUGAAUGUCGAGAUCAUCGACUUGGUCGACUCCUCUGGGUUUCCGGAAGACGACGCGAUUUUAGACCCGUGGAAACAAUUGACACCGGAACCGGUUCCGGCGGAAUCUGGGACAACGGGAACACCCGCUCUUGAAUUCAGCACCAGGCGCGUCAUUGCAGAUGAAGAUGCCCAGUCUCGCUCAUCUGUGCCAACAUCAACCUUCUCCACGACACAGCGCAAGAUUACUAUUAAUACUGCCGCUGUAAUGAAAUCGCCACCCACCACAAUAGGGUCUUUCCCUCUGCUUACGGACCUGCUGGAAGACGAGAUGCCUCCUCCUAGCAAUCAACAGCAGACACAAGAAGACAGGGCACAACCCCCCUCAAGCAGGACAGGGUCCAGCCCACAAAAGCCGCGCCCUAAGUUUGAACUGUUCACUGACGCGAAGCUGGCCAAAGAGGUCUCCAAAUUUGGGUUCAAGGCUGUCAAGACCAGAAAUGCGAUGAUCUCCUUGCUGGAUCAGUGUUGGAGAAGUAAGAACCAGCCUCUGGGUCAUACAGCGGCUUUCUCGACAAACUCUUCUGUCCUGAACAGUCCGAAGCGCAAGCAGCCGGCCUCGUCUAAAGAGGAUUCGGCAGCAUCUGUUCCGCCAGCAAAGAAGCCGCGCGGCAGGCCCAAGAAGGCUGCCACGAUGGAUGUUGACGGCGCCGGAGCGGGACAGGAAACUGAAUUGCCAAAGAACGCAAGGCAAGGCGAUGAGUCUGCAACGCCCAAGAAGCGCGGUCGACAUCGAAAGAAAGACGCCGCUGCAGCUGCAACCGCAGCAGAGAAAGCAGCUGCGUCUAUGCCACCGCCGUCCCCAAAGCCCAGGCGGGGUACGUCGACCCCAAAACGCAAAAAGGUGAACCGGUCAAUUCACGAGGUUCAGGACUCUGACCUCGACAGUGAAGGUGAAAUUGGUGUGUCGUCGUCUCCUGAACAGCCAUUUUCGCCUGCUGGAGAUAAGGUCUCUAUCAGCGACGACACGGAGAUCUCACUCAACCUCAGCCCAUCGGAACAGCAAUCUGCACUUUACGACCUCAUCACAAGAGCGGUCACAUCGGCUCCUCGCACAUCUGACCCUUCGAUGCCAUCCUGGCACGAGAAGAUGCUGAUGUACGACCCGAUCAUCCUCGAGGACCUGACGGCGUGGCUGAACUCUGGUCAGCUGACGCGGGUUGGGCAUGAUGGAGAGAUAUCACCACUUGCUGUGAAGAAGUGGUGUGAGUCACGAAGCAUAUGCUGUCUCUGGAAAGUGAACGUCCGUGGUAAAGAAAGAAAAAGGUUUUAG